CUAAAAUCAUAAAUUUACAAAAUGAAUCUAAGUCGGCAAAACUGAUUCGAUACAUUCUAAGAUAACAGUAGGGGCGUUUGUAGACGAUCAUUCCCCUCUGUUUCCCCUUCCCGAAGAAAAUCGAUGCUCAAACAAACGAUAUAAAAUUAUCACAAAAUCAAAGAGGAAGAACAAAAAAGGGUUUCUGAAAUUCAAUCAUAAUCAGAAUUCGUAUUCCAGUUUCGUAAUCACAAAGAAAAGAAUCCAAUGGCUUCCGAGGAUUUAGUUAAACAAGAAUUGGAAGAAUUGCAGAAACAAUUGGGGAAGAAGCAGAAAUUUGAAGACGCUGUUUCAUCUCUUAAAUCUCUGCUUCAAACCACAUAUCCAUCAGCUUCUACCUCUCUCCGUAAAUCCUUUUAUACUGUUAUAUGCCGAGUUGCUACCGUGUUGAAGACGAGAUAUACAGCACCCGGUUUCUGGAGUGCUGGGUUAGGGCUUUUUGAGCAGGCUAUAUUGUUUGUUUCCGAACCUUCUGAGAAGGAGCACUUGAAGGCCUGCAUUGAUCAGGCUAGGGAACAUUUGCAUCUAGGAGACGACGCUUCACAAACUCUGCGACCUGCAGAGACUCGUGAAAACAGAGGAUAUCUUUUUGAGGGGCACCUUACGGUAGAUCAAGAGCCACCACAGCCUGAAUGGUUGGUGCAGGAAAACCUCUUGACAGUCGCGGCUAGACUAUUUGAAGCGGAAUCCUCUCAAGGUUUAGCAACAAAUGAAAACACGCCAGAUGAUGUUGCUAGUGUGCUUGAAAUGCUUAGAAAUAGAUUGGAAGAAGUUGUGCCCCUGAUGGAGAAUGAUGGUCAUGUAGCUCCGAGAGUUCCUCCGGCAAGUAAAGACGUUGUGGCGAAACUUCCCGUCAUUACUCUCACAGAGGAGAUCCUUGCUAAUAUGGGGAAAGAUGCAGAGUGUGCCAUUUGCAGGGAAAAUCUGGCAUUAAACGACCAAAUGCAAGAGUUACCGUGCAAGCACACAUUCCACCCACCAUGUCUAAAGCCAUGGCUGGAUGAGCACAAUUCAUGUCCAAUCUGUCGUCAUGAACUGCAAACUGAUGAUCAUGCCUAUGAGAGCUGGAAGGAACGUGAAAAGGAAGCCGAAGAGGAGAGGAAAGGCGCUGCAAACGCCCUUCGGGGUGGUGAAUUCAUGUAUGUUUAGAUUGGUGAAUAGUUGUGUAUUCUUCAUUAUUGGAAACUAUAGAUUUCUUCACAAGUUUCUAGGACAACCUUUAUAUGACAGCUAUUGCUUGAAAAUAAAAAUUUCACUUAAUUCCGAACAA